CUGCACGAUUAGAGACGAUCUCUGAGUUAGCAAACAGCAUGACCUGCCUGUGUGUCCCAAUGACAGACUGUUUGCUGUAAAAUGCUUCAAAUUAGCUGAUCUCUGCGACCAAUUUGUAUACUAAAGGUAAAUUAAACAAGGUAAGGUCUCAAUUUUGUUACUUAAUUCCAGUUUAUGUCCGUUGCUGUUUCACAAGUUUAUUAUAAUCAAACUUAGCCUUUGCAAGCUGCCAGAUCAGGGCUAACAAAUUCUGUCAGAACUCCAGUUCAGGUGGAAAACAGCAUUGCAGUGAUAAAUCAGACUGUUUCAUGAUGUUGUAAUGAGCCUAAAUAGGGGCAUUUAUGUUACCUUUAUAUGUAAAAAACUAAUGUACAGAUAUUAAACAUGUUACAAAUGGUGUUGGUGUUACAAAUAAGCAGGAAUGAUAGUUUCCACCUCAUGCAGAGCUGGUGCAGUUGGCCACAGCCUUAAUUUGUAUUUGUGGACAGUUAUUACUUCAUUAUUGAUAGUCACUGUUAGUCUUUUCUCUUUUUUUCCCCAUACAGGACUUCUGUGAAGAUGCCUGCUGGUGUGUCUUGGCCUCGGUACCUGAGGAUGGUUGGAGCCAGUAUACUUGCCAUGUUUGCAGGAGCACAGUGUGUCCACCAGUAUUACCUGCCUGAUCUGGUGAGGGGUAUAUCUUCUGGUUAACUACUUCAUUCAUUAAAUAUGCAUAAAAAGUGCUGAGAGAUAUUCAAAUAAUUACAGGAAUGAAGGACUUUUAACAAAAUCUGCACAAUCAGCUACUGAUUAAAUGCAUACACAAGUUUUGUGUUGUUAGUUUUGAAGCCAAAAUGUGUGUUUCAUUCGUUUUAUUCUGUAUUUGUAUGUAAUACAGCCACUAAACACUGGAUAGAGCCUCGGCUCAACUGUAAACAGCAAAGUUUCCAACUGUGUUGAUGUUUUUGAAUUUAUCCUUUUCCAUUUUACUUUGAUAAAGUCUUAAAUAAAAAAGAAAAGGGCCAUGCAAGAAAACAAGCCUAGUGAGUGUUUUUGUUCAAAAAUGCUUAAUAAUGUUGUUGUAUAUUUCAGACCAUACCAGAAGUUCCACCAAAACCAGGAGAGCUUCGGACAGAACUGAAAGGCUAUAAAGCCAGAGAAGAAGCUGCUGCCAUGUUCGAACAGAUAAAAAGUCAAGAAAAGGUGGAAUGAUAUGGACUUACUCCUCCUCAUGGAUAUGGACACUCAAACCACUGGACUAUAUCAAUGUCUUUGUGAAAAUUUACCUGCAGGUGACUGGACAUUAAGUUGUCUGUGGGAAAUCUGCAAAUAGAUAUUUACUGUGUCUGAUGUUUUCUUCUCAUCCAACAAAGUGAAGUGGAAGAAAAAGCUACACUGUUGGAGAAUGGCUGCCUUCAAUGCAAGGGUCUUAUCUGGAACAAGAUCAAAUGAUGUAUUUAUCUAUCCAGAUCUGUUGGUGUUGAUUCGCUUCGGAAAGCGUCUGCACUUAAAGGCAGAGAGCACUAGGUCACUGAGUGAGCUAAUGGUCUUAUUGACUGUAUAAUGUCAUGACUCCUGUCAUUCAAGAAUCUCUCUUUAUUCCCCCAGUUUGAGAAAUAUAACUUUGAAAUAAAUAUAUCAAACUAA